AUGGGAAACACUCCUUCCUCCAAAAACAAAAAAACGAACCAUGAUAACAUAACUAAUUUCGACACACUCUCUCAAUUUAUUUCUUCAAUCACUGGUAAAGCUAAAGUAUUUGACCGCGAGCAGGAAAUUUCUGCUCUACGUCAUUUUAUUGUAAGGGAAAUUUUUGGUUCGAAUUUUUUAUCUCCCAUUAGUAAUGAAUUAAAACAUGGUGGAUUAAAGGUUUUAGAUGUGGGUUGUGGAUUUGGCAUGUGGCUAUUUGAAAUGUCCUCGAUUUAUUCUCAAAGUAGCUUUGUUGGAGUAGAUGUAACCCACCAACUUUUUGCUUCUAUUAAGCCAAAAAAUGUGGAUCUUGUUUCAGCAGACGUUAAUGAUGGUCUGCCAUUUUGUGAUUGUACUUUUGAUUUUGUGUUUAUUCGCAAAGUCAGUUACGAUUUACUAGAAUCACAAUGGGUUUCCCUAAUUAAUGAAUGCGUACGUGUUUUGAAACCGAACGGUUAUUUUGAGAUAACCGAAGCGGAAUUGCGUGCUAAAAACAUUGGUCCUAUGUUGCAAAACUCGUCAAAAAAAUACUUUGAAAUCCUUUCUUCAAGUAAAGCAAACCUAAAGAUUUGUGAAAAAAUCGAGGAAUUUCUGGAAUCUACCCAUAAGCUUCAAGAUAUUGUUCAUUAUAAAAAGGAAUUCCCUCUUGGCUCUUGGGGUCCUAAUGAGAUGAGAGAGGCGUAUAGAUCUUAUAGCACUUUUGUGUUUCGAUCCGUUCCUGAAAGUCAUUCUCCUAAAAAGGAAUAUGAUCCCAACAAAAUUUGUCGAGGUGAUGAUUAUCAGAAAAUAAGACAGCAGUAA